GUUGCUUUAAUUUCUUUAAGAGUUGUAUCGUCCUUCCCAUAGACAAUUAUCCUUUAUCGUCGAACUAAAUAGCACAAGUGAGGUUGGAGGAUUUUACGUCAAAUGAGGUUGCUGAUGGGUAUACCCUUUUCUAUUUGUUUAUAAGAUCGGGUCUAUGGUUAUUGGGUCGGGUAAGCUUAUGGGUAAGAAAUUAUACAUGUGGAUGCUAAUAUAGAAUGUUGAGGUGACUUUUUUAAUCUAGGUGGCGGCUUUAGUGGAAUUCUGUUAGAGGGAGUGAUAUUUUUGAGCUAAAUAUUUAAUGAAGGAGUAUUUUUGAGCCAAAAAACUAACGAGAUAUUUUUGAGCCAUUUGUGAUACUCAAGAGAAUUUUUGCUUUUUCCGUACUAACAAUGUAGGAUACAAAAUAUUGAAGAACCCUUGUUCUUUAUAAUUCACCAAAUAUACUCUCUUUCCUCCCUCUCUGCCUCCUUCUCUCUAAACACACCAUAUAUAUAUAUAGAUUCACUUGAUAUAUAUACAGAGAGAGAGAGAGAGAGAGAGAGGUAGGUAGGUAUAUACACACUAUACUAGAGAAUAUUUGUGGUGUUAUAGGCUGGGGGGGGUGGUGGUGAAGAUGAACAGCAGCUGCAGCAAGAGUGGUGGUGGAGUAGUAGGUGCUAGGGUUUCAAUCCCAAACAGUAUGAGGAAGACGAUCCAAAACAUCAAAGAAAUCACUGGAAAUCAUAGUGAAGAUGACAUAUAUGCAAUGUUAAGGGAAUGCUCUAUGGAUCCCAAUGAAACUGCUCAGAAGCUCCUCUCUCAGGAUACAUUCCAUGAAGUUAAAAGGAAGCGUGAUCGAAGAAAAGAGCCUCAGAAUUCAGUCAAGGAGUCUGCUGAAUCAAAGUGGAAAACAGGCAUGCAGGGCAGGGGGAACAAAGGGAUUCGUGGGAAUUCGACUUCUCGUCAUGCUUCAAAAGAUGUAGGCGAUGGAAAGAGUGGGAAAGAUAACAUUACCAAUCAAAUUCUUGACAAGAGUGUCAACCUAUCUUCUGUACCUUAUGUUGAGGCAAAGAAUAUUUCAAGCUCAUCAAGUGCUGCAUUAAAUGGGCCUAGUGGUCUAGCUUCCGGGAGCAACAGUAUGGUGCAAAAUGCUCAUGCAUUUACAAGAAGAGGAGUUAAACAUUUUGAAGCAAAUAAAGAUAUGCAGACAGCUUCUGCUGAUGCAAGCAGAAACCCAAAAGCGGUUACAGGAAACAGGGAUGUGCAUGGGCAGAGGAUGCCAAACUCCGGCAAUUCUUCAAGAAUGCUAUCUUCACCACCUUCAUCAGGAGCUUAUCUCUCAGCUGCAGAUCCUGUGCUCUUGCCAUCUCAAGAUUCACGACCCGUUGGUGUAGUAGGCACAGUUAGAAGGGAAGUUGGGAGACAGCAUUCUCCUGUUGAACGUGUUUCUUCUAACUCCGAUGGGAGCAAAAAAACUACUGCAAUUUCUGAUGCUGGAAGUUCAAAUGUCCAAGUAAAGAUGCCAAGCAAAUUUCAGGGGCCUGGAAAGAAUCAACUUCAUGAGCACUCACCAACUGCUUCGUCAAACCAUGGUGGUUCUUCCGUUAGUAGGCCGUCAUCUAAUUACAACAAUCGAUCUCAAACAGCUUGUCCACAAAAAGGUCCGUGUAAGGAAUGGAAGCCAAAGCCUGUAAACAGUAAUCUUGCUCAGGGGUCUGCUCCUGCUGCUGUUGCUUCGUCUGGUGUUUCUACGGUUUCUGUUGAAGUCAAUACUCUGUCACAGCCUCCUGCUUCUGUUCCUGAAACAAAAGAAGUUACUGAGGAUCUGCAGAAAAAGUUGGAGGAAUCACACAUUUCAGAUGUUGAACAUGUUAUUAUCCCUAACCACCUUCACGUUCCUGAGGUUGAAAAACUUGGGUUCUGUUUUGGAAGUUUCGAGGCUAGCUUUAGUUUGGGCCCAACCACAAAUAAUGCUCCUGAGCAUGACAGAAGUCAACCACUUCCUGAAGCUUCCAAAUGCCUUGAAGAAGCUGCAGCUGCACAACUUCCAAGUAAUCAAAAUGCAUCACCAGCUGUGGAGGACACAGAUAGUCCUGAUCAGCCUCCACUUUCACAUGGACAGGAGAGUUUGCCUGCAAAAGGAGAUGAUGAUAUCUCAUCCUCCGCUCCAGAGUGCAGUGAACCGAAGCAAGAGACUCUGCAGUCAGGCCAACAGUAUUCAGUUGUUCAUACAUCCCCCAACUAUAAUUUUGGCUUUGUGCCAACAAUGUUGGGCAAUCAGGUCCCACCCUUCGAAAGCUCUGAAUCUCAACCUCGAGACGUUUCUCGUCUUCCAAAUUUCCUUGUUCAGCAAUCCAUUGACCCAAACUACUAUGCCCAAUUCUACCGUUCGAGUGCUGAUAGUGAUGGCCGCAUUUCACCCUUUCAUUCAGCGGGUGUUUCUACUCAGUACAAUGGCAAUGUUGCAGUUGCGCCGCCAGACACUUCUCAAUCACCUCAAGAGGGCGGGAACACUCUUGCUUUAUCUGCAGCAGCUCCGACACCACUUGUGACUCAAGCUGCUGGGCUUAUGCAGAGUUCUAUAGCUGUACCACAACAACCUGUCCCCGUAUUUCGACAGGCUACAGCGAUGCAUCUGCCCCAUUAUCCUCCGAAUUAUAUUCCCUAUGGUCACUAUUUUUCACCACUUUACGUUCCACCAACAGCCAUCCAUCAAUUAUAUAGCAAUGGUGCAUUUUCCCAGCAACCUCAGGCUGGUGGUAUAUAUCCGCCUCCACCAUCAGCUGCUGCCAGAUACUCGCUUUCGCAAUAUAGACCAGGAGCUAAUGUGGGAAGUUCAGCUCACAUGGGAGUGCCCGGCACUUAUGCGCCAUAUGGAUCCACUCCUGUCAACUAUAACCCUAGUUCAGCUACAACUUCUGGAAACCCUGCUUCCAAUGAGGAUCUUUCUGCAUCUCAGUUCCAGGAGAACAAUGUCUAUGUGAGUGGACAACAGAGUGAAAGCUCAGGUGUGUGGAUUAAUGCGCACAAUAGAGAUUUAUCUAGUUUGCAAGCAAGCUCCUUUUAUAAUCUUCCUCAGGGUCAAGUGGCUCUAACACCCACUCAACCUGGACAUGGAGCUUUUGCUGGUAUUUAUCACCCUGCUCAACCAGUUACAGCAUCAACUGUUCAUCCACUUAUGCAGCAGUCUCAAACGAUAGCUGGUCCAGUUGAUAUGGUUGGACCAACCGCCAAUGUGUAUCAACGGCCUCAGCAUUCACAGAUGAACUGGCCAAAUAGUUAUUGAGGAGCUAUUCUUUUGUUUGCAAAGCAUAAAAUGAGAAAUGAAAAUCGCCAUUGGAGUUUUUAGAGAUGCAACAUGUUUUGAUGUGGAGGAAUGAUUCCAGCAAAUGUGGGAAAGAAAUGUGCUGGCUGACUGUAAAUUAAGAAGGGUGCCAAACAAAAGAACUUCACCAAGUAUCUCUUCUUUGCUUGGACAGAGGAUUUAAAUGGUGAAUCCUCCUGUAACUGAUAGUGACAGAUUUUAGUUGAGGCAGGUAUAUGCGGAUUGGUUUUGUUUACAACUUAAUAGCCUUCAAUAGUUUUGACCAUUUUAUUAGAGUAACCAUGAGAGGUUAAACUUUUUUCUUCCCUAUAUAUUUCUUCCUUUGGUAGGGAAUUUAGGACUCUUGAAAGCAAUGAGGUUCACAGGGUUUUUUAAUACAUCUUGCUUUCUUGCUCAUCUUUGUACCUGUAAAUUUGAUUUUGAGUGACUGUUGUAAUUGUUGGUUGGUGCAAAGAAAAAUGUGGCAUUAUUCGCAGUAAA